AUGACGAUCUUGCCCCCAGCAGCCCAUUGUCGUCUGCUCAAUAAAAAAUACCUGGUGUCCGUGGGAUACUUCGAUUGUGCUCAUCUUCGGGGGCAACAAACUCAGGCCAGACCAUCAAAGGAGAAGUUAAAAUACCUAACUCAGGCCAGACCAUCAAAGGAGAAGUUAAAAUACCUGACACGGGCCAGACCAUCAAAGGAGAAGUUAAAAUACCUCACACGGGCCAGACCAUCAAAGGAGAAGUUAAAAUACCUGACACAGGCCAGACCAUCAAAGGAGAAGUUAGAAUACCUGACACAGGCCAGACCAUCAAAGGAGAAGUUAGAAUACCUGACUCAGGCCAGACCAUCAAAGGAGAAGUUAAAAUACCUGACUCAGGCCAGACCAUCAAAGGAGAAGUUAAAAUACCUGACACAGGCCAGACCAUCAAAGGAGAAGUUAAAAUACCUGACACAGGCCAGACCAUCAAAGGAGAUGUUAAAAUACCUGACUCAGGCCAGACCAUCAAAGGAGAAGUUAAAAUACCUGACACAGGCCAGACCAUCAAAGGAGAUGUUAAAAUACUUGACUCAGGCCAGACCAUCAAAGGAGAAGUUAAAAUACCUGACUCAGGCCAGACCAUCAAAGGAGAAGUUAAAAUACCUGACACAGGCCAGACCAUCAAAGGAGAAGUUAAAAUACCUGACACGUUGA